GGAGUUCCCAACAGACCCCUACGAGAUAAUGCACUACAACAUGGCCCGCGCCCACGACACAUUCAAGGCCGGGUACGACAGCAUUUUCUCCAGACUGGACAACCCGCCCACGAAUGACUUGGCCAACUUUAUGGGCUAUUGCGCUGCAUGGGCCUUCGCUAUCGCAGAGCACCACGAUACUGAAGAGACCAUUGUGUUUCCUAGACUCGAGGGCAGGGUGGAUUUCUCGACUGAGUUGGAGCAGCACAAGGUCGUACAUGCUGGCCUCGACGAGAUAAUCCCGUACAUCCAGUCUGCACAGACUGAUACCUCCAUGUUUGACGCCGAAAAGCUGAAGGGUAUGAUGCAGGCUUUCCGUGAGCCCCUCUUCCGACAUAUGGACGAAGAACUCGAGCAUGUCCAACCUGCCAACUUGAAGGUCAUGCCAUUUGAAGAAAUGGAGGAGCUCAACGAGACACUGGACAGCUAUGCAAAGGCGAAUGGCGAUCCGUUCAUACUCGUCCCGUUCAUGAUGAGUCAUACUGCACCGGAGUUCAAGGACUCGUGGCCUCAGAUGCCCUGGGUGCUUAGAUCCAUUGUGAUACCAUACGUGCUCGCUGUCAGACACUACGGAUACUGGAAAUACUCGCCUUAUUCGAUGUGUUGAGUGCUAGGCAGCUAUGAUGAUCUUUGUGAUGACUAUUUACGAUAAUGAUAUGUUGGGUGUGA